CUGUCAGUUUUUGUUUGGAUUUCGGGAGGAGGGGGAACUGUCACUUUCGAAAUGUCAAAAUUUCGCACUGGGCUUGUUUACAAAUAACGUUUAAACUCGCUCGGAGCCAAAAAAAUCACAAAAUCCGACAAAAUGAAUCCUUUGACCAACAUGAAAAACGUCACAAAGCUCAGCGAAAUGGAGCUAAAACGCGCCACCAAGUCAUCCUGGCACGACCAAUACCGCGAUUCUGCUUGGAUUUUCGUCGGCGGACUCCCUUAUGACCUCACCGAGGGCGAUAUUAUCUGCGUUUUCUCCCAAUAUGGCGAAAUUGUGAACAUAAAUCUCGUCCGUGACAAGAAAACCGGCAAACAAAAGGGAUUUUGCUUCAUUUGCUACGAAGACCAGCGCUCAACAAUCCUCGCCGUGGACAAUUUGAACGGAAUUAAGAUCUGCGGAAGGUCGAUUCGUGUCGAUCACGUUGCCGAAUACAAAGUCCCGAAGGAAAAUGAGAAGCAAGACGAGGAAACGAUCCGGUUGCAGAACGAAGGAUGCGCGCCAAAAGCCCAAAUUCCCGAAGAAUUGAUCAAAAAAGAGAAAUUUGACGACAAAGACCGCAAAGUGAGGGAAGGAACAGCGUUCGAUGGCACUUUUGACGACGGUUUCCGCCUUCCGAUGCGACUUCCGAUCGGCACGAAGGUCAAAACUGAAGUAAAAACUGAAAUUAAAGACGAACGAGACCGAGAAAUUCGGCAAAAAAUUAAAAAAGAAAAGAAAAGUAAAAAAUCUAAAAAGGAAAAGAAAGAAAAAAAGAAGAAACAUCGCCGACGAAGCUCAAGUAGGAGUAGUUCAAGUAGUAGAAGUGACUAAAAAAAAAUAAAAAAUUAAUUUUUAACGUUAACAUUUACAAUAUUUUACUGAAAU